AUGUCUAGUAUGAUCGGUAAGAUGGUUGCAUUUGGGAAGAAGUUGAAACAGAACCAGAUUGAAGAAUGGCAACGGUACUAUAUUGAUUAUAAGUUGUUGAAGAAGAAAGUCAACAGAUAUGCACAAGAAAUUCAAGUUCGAGCAGAGAAUCAACAAUAUGUUCUCAAGGACUUCUCAAAAAUGCUCGAUGAUCAGAUUGAGAAGAGUGUCAUGUUUUUGCUGGAACAACAAGGACUACUAGCAAGCAGAUUGUCAAUUCUUAGAGAACAGCAUGAUGAUCUUGUAGAGCAGUCAGAUGGAUCUAAAAUAUCUGAACUACGAGAGGCAUAUAGAGUAGUAGGGCAGGAUCUAUUAAGGCUUCUCUUUUUCGUUGAGAUGAAUGCCACCGGCUUACGAAAGAUUCUGAAGAAAUUUGAUAAACGCUUCGGCUAUAGAUUUACUGAUUACUAUGUCAAAACCCGUGCAAACCAUCCUUAUUCUCAGCUGCGGCAGGUCUUCAAGCAUGUGGGUGUUGGGGCUGUUGUUGGAGCCAUAUCACGCAAUCUUGCAAAUCUUCAACAUCAAGAGGAAAAUUACAUAUCGAUAUAUGAUCAGCCUGCAUUAUCUCACCCGGAUCCUGUCAUUGAUUCUAUCAAAGCAGCUGUAAACAGGUUAUCAAACUCAACAAAUUUUCUUGAGUUUUUGGGAAAGCAUGCAUUUAUUAUUCACGACGAGUCACCAACUCCAUCUGAAGACCAUCUUGCUGAGCAGAGAUAUCAUUUCAUGUCACUUCUCUUGAACUUGGUUAAUACAUUUCUAUAUAUGGUCAACUCAUAUAUCAUCGUCCCAACAGCAGAUAGCUACUCCCUAAACCUUGGAGCAGCAGCAACUGUAUGUGGUGUCAUUAUUGGGUCAAUGGCGGUUGCACAGGUGUUCUCUUCAGUAUACUUCAGUGCAUGGUCAAAUAAGUCAUAUUUGAGGCCACUUGUGUUUAGUAGCAUCGUUCUUCUUGUGGGGAACACAUUGUACGCACUGGCUUAUGAUCUUAAUUCUAUAUCAAUCCUUUUGAUCGGUCGACUUUUUUGCGGGUUAGGCUCCGCAAGAGCUGUUAACAGGCGUUACAUCAGUGACUGUGUACCGCUCAAGUUGCGAUUGAAAGCUUCAGCAGGUUUUGUCAGUGCAAGUGCACUAGGAAUGGCAUGUGGUCCAGCUCUUGCUUGCUUAUUUCAAACCAAUUUUAAGAUAUACAAACUCACAUUUAACGAAGAAACUUUACCUGGUUGGGUAAUGGCUCUUUUAUGGCUUGUCUAUCUACUAUGGCUGUGGAUUUCUUUUCGAGAGCCUCCUCGAGAGACUACCGAGCUUGCACCACAGGAAUCUUGUGCUGGGCUCCCAGUACACGAUGCUGUAGAAAUUGAUUUUACCCAACCAUUGCUUUUAAAAUCAGAAGCUAAGCUUCAAGAUAAAAAUGUUAGCCAAAAUGUCGACCAAGAAUUCGAUGAUGGUGAAGAAGAUUCUGAUGAAAGCCAUAAACCUGUUACUUCAAUUGCGUCGGCAUAUCGAUUGCUUACACCAUCUGUGAAGGUUCAACUAUUUGUUUAUUUUAUGCUUAAAUAUGCAAUGGAGAUUUUGGUUGCUGAAUCAAGUGUCGUCACCGGACAUUACUUUAUCUGGUCAACCACCAGCGUAGCAAUUUUUCUUGCAUGUCUGGGGCUAACAGUGCUUCCUGUAAAUGUGCUUGUUGGAAACUACAUCAGCAACAUGUUUGAAGAGAGGCAACUUCUACUGGCAUCAGAAAUUAUGGUGUUGAUAGGUAUACUCCUAAGCUUCCAAGUUUUGAUCCCUUAUACGGUGCCUCAAUAUGUUAGCGCAGCACUUAUCACGUUCGUAUCUGCUGAAGUCCUUGAAGGUGUGAAUCUAUCACUCCUAUCUCGAGUCAUGUCAUCAAGGCUUUCUCGUGGGACAUACAAUGGAGGAUUGCUUUCAACAGAAGCUGGGACCUUGGCUCGAGUAAUUGCAGAUGGAACAAUAACGUUGUCUGGGUACUUAGGUGAGAGUAGGCUUUUGAAUGCCACCUUAGUUCCUUCACUCUUCAUCUGUGUAUCCUCCAUUGUUGCCACUUGCUUCACCUACAACUCUCUCUUCUAA